CUAUCCUGUCAGAUGUCAGUUUCACUUCUCAGUGAUACAGAAACUAAACGCCUCAGCAGACAAACGACAGCGAGGAGCCGUGACAAGAAGACGUGUAGAGCCAGCUUCAGGAGCUGCUUUUCAACUCGGCAAAGUCACCCUGAAGUUCAGUGGAGCUGCUGUUUGGCAUCAUGCUUCCAGCUGUGAUAGCGCUGCUCAUGCUGCUGUCCUGCACAUCUGGACAAAAACCUGCCAUACAAGUCAUCCUGACCAACAAAGGACUGCAGUAUGGAAAGCACACAGGAACAGGACUGGUCCAGGAGAAGCUGGAGAACAUCACCCUCCCUGACAUCAGCGGCGAGAUCAACAUCAAAAUAGGCAAAGUUCACUACACGCUAUCAGGCAUUGCAGUGAAACAGUGCGACCUUCCUGAGCCUUCCGUUCAGUUCUUUCAGGACGCUACAGGAUUUAAAACGUCCUCCUCGGGUCUGAAUGUUGCUCUAGCAGGAGAGUGGAGGACACGCUUUGGAGCAAUACACGAUGGAGGAUCCUUCGAUAUGGUGAUGUUUGGUGUGGAUGUGACGUCUGUGGUGGAGCUAGGGAAAGCUCCUGACGGCCAUCUGUCCAUCACCAGCAUCAGCUGCGAUGCUCUGGUUGGAGAUGUGAACAUACACUUCCAUGGUGGAGCCAGUUUCAUCUUCCAGCCUUUCGUGCACUAUUUCAAGGGUAGAAUCAGGAAUGAAAUCGAGUCCGGAAUCUGCUCUGCUGUGCACGGAUCUGUGGACAAACUGGAGCGCCACCUGCAGGCCAUGAACGUUUCCUUUGAUGUGAAUGAAGUUCUGAGUCUUGACCUUCCUCUAACCGACAUACCGCUCAUCGAUGCUUCAAGACUGAAUCUAGGCCUUAAGGGAGAGUUCUACAGCAUCAGAUCUCAUAAGGAGCCUCCGUUUAAGGCCCAGCCCUUCACCAUGCCUGAGCAGCCGGACUACAUGCUGGCAGUGGGUCUGUCUGACUUCACUCUGAACUCGGCUUCUUAUGGAUACUACUCAGACGGACUGCUGCAGAUCGUCAUCAACGACAGCAUGAUUCCUUCGAUUAGUCCGAUACGCCUGAACACAACCUCCAUGGGAGUCUUCAUCCCUCAGCUUCCUAAGAAAUUUCCUGGUCUGCUGAUGAGUCUGCAGGUUUACGCCAGAGAGGCUCCGAUGUUUUCCUUCCAGCCUGGAGCUGCUAAACUCAGCUCUCAGGUCGAUGUGAAGGCCUUUGCCAUUGAGCCCAACGGCACCCAGGUCCCGCUGUUCAAACUCAGUGUGGACUCUAAAUUCAGCACCAAACUGUGGAUCUCUGGUGGAAGUCUGAAGGGCUCCGUGACGAUGGAUAACUUUACUGUGACUCUGGCAGCGUCUGAAGUGGGAGACUUUAAGACCGAUGCUUUGGAACGCUCAGUGAGGAUGGCGAUUAAGGUGGUAGUUUUACCAAAAGUGAACAACAAACUGGGUAAAGGUUGGAUUUUACCCAGAAUGAAACAUGCCCAACUGGUCAAUUCAGUUCUGAAGAUGGAAGAGGGAUUUCUGGCCGUCUCUUCGGAUGUCGAGGUUCUGCUCACAGACAGAUUCAACUGACAGAACAUGACAGAUGGGAACUCUUCAUCUCAGACUUUAAGCCUGAACUGAAUGAGUCUGUUUCUGCUUUCACAUGGAGAAGAUAACAAUAUUUAAUAAUGACCAUGAAGCCUCGCUACGCAUGACAUCAUCAGUCCUCAGAUCGUUUAAUUCACACAUCUACAACCUUUAAUCAUUCAGUCAUUAAAUCUACAGUUAGAGCUGAUAAAUGCUUAUAAUGUGAAUAUGCACUGCCGAAAAUCUGUUGUUUUUCUUUGUAAUAAUGAAUUAAAUAUUUUGCUGUCGCAUUAUUAAUCAUCAGGCCCGACUAAAUAAAGGUUUAAAACUUUUCAAAUUUUACACACAUUUUCAAUCAAUACUGAAGAAACUUUAUUUUUGAAAUUCCUGACUUCUCUAGAAGAAUCUGGCAUUCCUGUUUUGUUCCAUCUUGCUGCUGUUUGCUGAUGUUUAUUCUCCCACCAGGGAGCAGCAGGUUGAAAACAAUAUGUACAUAAAUAAUGAAUAUUUACCCCAAACAA